AUGGCCGACGAUCUCAUAUCUUCGCUCUACCCUCCGCCUCCACCAUACUUCAAGUAUUUCACAGACGAUAAUGUGACUAAAUUUGAGGAAUGGAAGAAAACAGAAUCUGAAGGGUUGCCAAAAGGAGAAUUGAGCCUCCAAGUUCCGCCUGAAGUGCCGCUGGGCGAUCAAUACAGAGGAUAUGGAAGUAUUUGGGCGUUAGAGAACAAAUUGCCUUCACUCAAAGAACUGGGAUGGCGUCAACUAUACAACGACCACGAUGAAACUAUCACCUCCAAGCAAAAGAUUGACGAGCUUCACAAACUACUAGAUUCCCUCUUGUUAAAUUUCCUUGAACUUGUGGGUCUUAUGUCUGUGGAACCAGCAAAAUUCUACGUAAAAGUUGAAGACUUGAAACUCAUAUUGAUAAACAUCAAUCACUUGCUAAAUACAUACAGACCGCAUCAAACGAGAGAGAGUUUGAUUAUGCUCUUGAAGAAACAGAUUGAGAGCAAAAAAGCUGAAAUUCUGGAAAUUGACAAAGUAACUGCUGAAGUUAAAGAAAAAAUUUUAGGAUUGGUACUGAAUGGGGAGAUAGCUCACCUUCAGGAAAGGAGGAAUGAUAUAUCAGAAAGUGGUGAACACGAAGAGCAGAUGAAGAAGCUACAGCUUCUCCGCGAGCUUAUGGAAGAGCAGAAAAAAUAA